GACCUGCCUACCGUACCUAACUUAACCUUUUUUCCUCGCACCCAUUAAACAAUUGACAAGACACGCAUACAUUCAACAAUUGUCCUAACCGCAGAUUAGGUUUUAAACCACUACUGCCUUACGUGUCUCUCGUCAUAAGUUGAAAUCUGUCCUCCAACCUCGUCCAAUUUUUUUUUUUUUUUAAACCUUUCCCAUGUUUACCCAACACCGCAGCAAAACUUGACCUUGAAGCGGUUUACCACCUUCGCACCUUGAAUUACGACUCUUUUCAUACAAUUCAAUCAUCUGCUUUAUAUGACCUUCUACUCCUUACAAUUUACCCUUUCAAGGAUUGAAGCUCUUACCUUACAAUCUACAUUAUCUUUCUACUCUACAACUCUACAAAAAAAACAGUUAUUACCGGUUUCUAUUCUUGGCCUGAUUAGUUCAGAAUGGCCGCAACCGAAUCCAUCCAGUCGUCAGCUUUGGCGGCUAUUUCCACCAAGACCACCCGAUCGUCUCCUCCUGCUCAGUCCAAACGCGACAAGAGGCGACAGACCGUUAAUGACCGUCUAGCUGUCUUGGCUGAUAAGUUCAGUCGUGACAAAGACAAACACUACCGGGACGAACUUCAUAAAAUCCAGAUCGACGUCAACCUCGUUGGCCGAGUUGAUCCCUACGCUGACCGACCUUUGGACGCAAUUGAUCGCGAGUACCGAGAAAUACAGCAAGCUACGAAUGCCCAACACGCUGCAAAUUCUACCAGUAAUGGUAGCCCUAAGCGAAGUCUGCUCGAAAUGGCGGGCCCUACAUUUUCCGAAUGGGUUCACCAGAUAGAAGAUCUUGUUGAACACCGCGAUUAUGAAAUAACUAGCCACAAGAUGGAAUACGAAAGAAAGCUUCGUGAACAUCAGAGGACUCACGCCUACAGAGUCGAAUUAGCCAGGCGUGAACAUAAGACUCUCUCGAACACUCUUAGAGAUCGGUUGAUCAAUCUAAUCACCUCUAAGAAGUACCGAUUGGGCAAAGAAAAGGAAGCCCUAGAUAUUGCCGACGGUUCUGCUCUUCUUCUACACCCGAACCAAUACAGCCUCACCAACCCCGCAAGCCCUGGCGGAACCCACGGAAAGCGAAAUACCCGACUCCGGAGAGAGAUGGAGGAGCUCCCCGGUUACUCAGAUAGCAAAAAAAGAAAGCGAAACGGUGGUGAUGAUGAGGGUUCGCCAGCUCCCAAGAGAGGAGCCCUGGACAGUUCCAAUACUACGCCUUUCUGGUCGAGUGAGAGGGUCAGAAACCUACGCAAGGAGACAGGUCCAAUCUACAGCAUUGAUAAGCUUUUCACCGACAAAGAAUUGGCUAUGACCUAUAAUGCUGCUGCCCUAGCAGCCCACAAGUAUCUCCUGAUACGCCGAGACACGAAUGGCAAUAUCGUUACUCCCGACGAGAGUGUCGCAGACGGUAAUGACAACGACGACGAACCUGCUGCAGUGGCUAUGGAACGGCAGCCCUCUCAUACCACACGAAGUACUCGAGGUGGGCAAGGCCAACCCCAGAAUCUUUACGAUGAACAAGUUGGAAUAGAAGCCUUGGCCAAUUUCGAUAUCCCAGGAAAUCUCGAUAAGGUGUCUGGCUCAGAGCCUAAACUUCCUCCUCUUACUCAUUCACAGUACUCGAAGGCUUAUAGAAGAGACGAGUCGAAUACACCUCCUACCUUGAACGAAAGCGACCGAGAUAGAGAUCUUGCGGUGAUGAAGCUGUUCAAGUCAUAUCAGAUCAAGCACGGUGUUGGCGCCAACCUUGAUGUUGAUAACGGUGGUCGGAAAUUACUUGAGUCUAUGACUGCGCCGUUGCAAAGUAGCAAGUACGUACCAUAUACUCAAACCCGGAGGACUUUCACGGAUGAAAUGUCCGAAUCGUUGGGCAUCCGGGACAGCGUUAUGAGAGGCGAGGCCACAGGCGCCGAGCAGGAGAACGGCGGGAGUGCUAGAGAUUUUCCAGCCGUGGGAAAGGAUUCCGCAUCGGGGAUUCCGAUGAGCAGACAGAGUAGCCUGGGAGGUGUUGCAAUGAGUCGAUCGGGAAGUGCACGAGGCAAGCGGAAGGCCUAAGGGCAGGAGUUCCUUUUGAUUUCUCCUCUGGAUUCAUUUUCGUUUUAUCAUGUAUCAUGGCAGAGAUCAUACGGCUCAGCGUUAUCAUGUGAGGUGGAUACCCGUAAAAAUUAGGGUGGUUUUUUUUUUUUAUUUUUAUUUUUUUUCGUCAUUCAGGCUAGAUAAAUCCUGGAGUCCUACGGGAGAAGCGGCGCACAUGCAUAGGAUAUAUGUCAACUAGA